UCCCAUUGGCCAAUGGGCGGAAGUGGGCGGAGGAAAGAGCCCCGGUCAUGCCGCAGCUGUAAGCGGCUUGUCACCGGGGAGAGGCUGAACCUGGGAAGGAGCCGGAGGGUCGGUGGCUCCCCCUUUGGCCCUGCAGGGGGCUGGGAGGGGAAGAGGAACCAUGGAAGACAAGAAUAUUGGCGCUGGGACUAUAAAGGUGGAGGCUCCGGACAUUAUCCUGGAUCAGGUGACGGCAGCGAUGCAGCUUCAGGAACAGCUGAAGGGGGAGCCACCGAUGGACGGGGCGGUUCUGGCUGGUACCAUGGACUGCUUAGUUGACUACAAUUUAGGGACCCAGCUCACAGUGGAGCAAGAGAUCCAAAUCGGUGAUGGCCCCCCUCAGUGCCUCCAGUAUGACAUGAACUGCCUUCCUAAAAAGCCCCCCAAGUCUCGGCAGAGGAAGCCUUCUGGGGAGGGGCAGUUUGCUUGUGGGCAGUGCAGUAAAAGCUUUGCCCGUAGCAUGGACUUAGCCAAGCACGAAAAGGCUCACAAGGGCGAGAGAACCUUCAUGUGUAACAUUUGUGGGAAAAACUUCCGCCGGCACACGUCGCUGCUGAUCCACGCGCGUAUCCACACCGGGGAGCGGCCCUACCAGUGCACCGUGUGCGGCAAGAGCUUCGUGCAGCGGCAGCACCUCACUACUCACCAGAGAACUCACACAGGGGAGAAACCCUUCCAGUGCAUCGAGUGUGGCAAAGGCUUCCGCUGGCGCUCGGAGCUCCUCAAGCAUCAGAAGAACCACGCGGACAAGGCCUCGGUGGCAUUUGAUGACCUGGCUUCGUCUUUCUCUAAAGAAGAAUGGAUGGAGCUGGAGGAAUGGCAGAAGGAGCUGUACAGGAACGUCAUGAAGGAGACCUCGGAGACAUUAAUAUCACUCGGGGAAGGCCUGGUGGAGAAAGCUAUCGGGGAAAAGGAUUCUGACGCACUUGAACCCGCCGCCAGUCUAGCGAUGGACUGUACCAAUAACCUCCCAUUUUGCCCCGAAGGAGCCGUUACUUGCAGCAGCCAGUUGGACAGAGGGGAGGGGCAGCUGAGCCAGCCAUUGGGCACGGCAGAGGGGAAGGGUGUGGCCUUUACAGAAGGAGUAGAUAAAAUGCGAGUGAAGUUCUUGGACCCCGCCCCCAAGGCGGAGAGGCCUCACACUUGCGCAGAGUGCAACAAAGUGUUUUACAGCAAGCGGACGCUCAAGGCCCAUUUACGGGCCCACCUGGGGGACAGGUCCUAUAUCUGCAACGUGUGCGGUAAGUGCUUCCGCCGGCACACCUCCCUGCUCAUCCACGAGCGCAUCCAUACGGGCGAGCGACCCUACCAGUGCCCCCAGUGCGGCAAGAGCUUCGUACAGCGGCAGCACCUCAACACCCACCAGAAAACUCACACCGGGGAGAGACCCUUCCAGUGCGCGGAGUGCGGCAAAGGCUUCCGCUGGCGCUCAGAGCUGGCCAAGCACCACAAGGUCCAUGAAGAGGAGGUGGCAGACAGCUCGGCCAAGGACGAGAGGGGCGAAUCGGAUAUUGGCGAGAAGAGUGGCAGUUCUGUCAGCGCAGGAGGUGCAAAUGCAGGAAAACGGGUGACUGAUUCCCAGAACAAAAGGGGAGGAGCUGCGAGACCCCGUGGGGCUCAUACACACCCCCGCAAUCCCAGAUCUGACAAAGCACACGCGUGUGCCGAGUGCGGAAAGGUCUUCUACAAUAAGCGGACGCUGAAGUCGCACCUGAGGGCUCACCUGGGGGAGAGGUCGUACAUCUGUAACGUGUGCGGCAAGUGUUUCCGUCGGCAUACGGCGCUGCUUAUACACGAGCGCAUCCACACCGGCGAGCGACCCUACAAGUGCAUCCAGUGCGGCAAGAGAUUUGUGCAACAGCAGCACCUCACCACCCACCUCAGGACUCACACCGGCAUCAAGCCCUUCCCUUGUGAUGUGUGUGGGAACAGCUACCGCUGGCGAUCAGAGCUGGCCAAACACCAGAAGGUCCACGAGGAGGAGAACUCUGGAAACGGCUCUGAGGACGGGCAGAAAGAGAGCGCCAUUAAGAGGAGAUGUCUCCGGCGAGUGGACAGAGGCACCUUGGGCACUUUGGAAAGAGGCAAAGCUCUGGGGAAGCGGGCACGACUGCUCUUGAGACAGAGAGCUCAGAAGGCAGAGCGCACUCACUCCUGCCCAGAGUGUGGGAAGAACUUUAUCAACAAACGCACUCUGCGCAGCCACCAGCGCGUACACACGGACGAACGCUCCUACAUCUGUAACGUGUGCGGGAAGAGCUUCCGGAGGCACACCUCUCUGCUCAUCCACGAGCGCAUCCACACCGGCGAGCGGCCCUACCAGUGCGCCCAGUGCGGCAAGAGCUUUGUGCAGCGGCAGCACCUCACCACCCACCUAAAGACCCACACGGGGGAGAAACCCUUCCAAUGUGCCCAGUGUGGCAAAGGCUUCCGCUGGAGGUCCGAGCUGGCCAAGCAUCAGAAGGUGCACGAGGAUGAGAGUCUUCUGGUCGGGGUGAAUUCCUGUAAGAAAAAGGCUUCCCUGGAGAAUGAGUGGAAAGGCAUGAACGGGACACCGGCACCGCUGGAGCAGAGUGGGGAUGUCGGGGGGACAGAGCAGCCACGGCGCCCACCCCAAGAGCGUCUCUUUCAGUGCAGCCAAUGCGAGAAGGCCUACCUGCGCAGCUCCGACCUGCUGAAACAUCAGAGGAGCCACUUAGGGCACUUAGGGGAGCGGCCGUAUGUGUGCAACCAGUGCGGGAAAUGCUUCCGCCGGAACACCUCCCUGCUCAUCCACGAGCGGAUCCACACCGGGGAGCGGCCCUACCAGUGCGCCCAGUGCGGCAAGAGCUUCAUACAGAGACAGCACCUCACCACCCACCUGAAGACCCACACGGGGGAGAAGCCCUAUCCUUGCAAUCUGUGCGGCAAGAGCUACCGGUGGCGCUCGGAGCUGGCGAAACACCAGAGGGUGCAUGGAGGAGAGGCUGCGGUCACAUUUGAUGACAUGGCUGCGUGCUUCCCGGAGGAAUGGAAGGACCUGGAAGAAUGGCAGAAGGAGCUCUACAAGAAUAUGAUGAAGGAGAACACGGAUUCGCUGAUAUCUUUGGGUGAGGUCUGGAUCAAUAAAAACGGGAAGGAGAUGAACCCGGACAGAUCGACGGAAGCGCUGGAAGCCUCUGACUCCAAAGACCACAUCGUUCUGGGCGUCGAGUCCCUGAAUGAGUUGGAUCACAUGGGUGUCCCCCAAGAAGUCAGGGAUUUUGCCAGCAAUCAUCUCCACGGAGAAGAACCCCAAACUUCAGCCGAUGCCCUCAGAGGAUUCCGCCAGAACCUGAGCUUCCUGGAUCAGCGGCGCCCCCCUCGCGAAAAGCUGUUCUCUUGCGGCGAGUGUGAGAAACGCUUCUCCCGCAGCUCAGACUUGCUCAAGCACCAGAGGAGCCACCAGGCAGGGGAAAAGCCAAAUCUGUGCAACGAGUGCGGCAAAGUGUUCCGCCGACGGACGGCGCUCAUUAUCCACAAGCGAAUCCACACGGGGGAACGGCCGUACAAGUGCAAGCAGUGCGGCAAGAGCUUCAUCCAAAGGCAGCACCUCACUACCCACGUCAAGACCCACACCGGCGAGAGGCCCUACCCCUGUAACCAGUGUGGGAAAAGCUACCGCUGGAGGUCCGAGCUGCUCAAGCACCAGAAGGUCCACGGGGAGGUACUGGUGGCGCCUGUGGAAUAUACACAAGGGUGAGGACUGGACUGUGGGUGUUUAUGCCAGUGAGUACGGGCAAAGGUGCUGCUUGGUGCUCCAAGGGUUGAAGGGCAGACGCUGAGAUGUCCGGCCCUGGCUCUGGGGCAGGGAUGUUUCAUGGUUCAGCACUUACCCCACGGGAUUAUGAACCCCGUAACACUCCAGCCUGCUGUCCUACCUAACGGGGGGCAUAUGGAGGAAAUAUGGGGUUGGUUUUAAUGUGACCAAUUGCAAAAGGGCCAUGCUGCUCAGCCACUGGCUGUCUUCUCUACCCAUAUACUAAACCUGCCGGAAAGCUAAAUGAGCUCAGUCCCUGUAUGAUGAAGGUCCGACUGUAACUGCACAGUCUAUAUGGGGGUGCUGGGGGCACAACUCCCAGCCACACAGAGACAUUUGGAGGCUGUAGGACGUGGCUACUCUUCCCAACCAGCAGAUCUCUUUCCCUGUAUAAGAAGGCUCCUGUUCUGCCUCUUUGGAAGCCCCAGAAUGGUUUUAGACCCCCCCCCCAGGAUUUUAAAGGUUAAUGUAUGUCCAACUCCCUGUCUGUUCACAUCAUUGUUAUGAAGUUGUAACGAGGUGUGCUCUCCCUGGGCUCCUCAACUGCUUUUAUUUAUUAGAUUCCCUUGUGCCCUUGGGCUUGGAGGAUGCUGAUUGGAUAAAGAUGUGCAGCAAUCGCUACAUUGGGAAUGGGGAGGAGGCUUCUCCCUUCUCUAGCCACACCAUGCCCGGCCAAUCAUUGCACUCAGCCAAAUGUGGCCCUGUGCCACCCUCCCGCGCAGCACGGAGCCCCAGGGUUACUCUCCAUGAGUUGAUUUUUUAUUGGGACAGUUUCUGUUCUGUUGGCUGUAACUUUUGUGUUCUGUUUAAAGGGGAACUGCCUCUUCCAUAAGAGCAAGCUCUGAACUGGGUGUUUAUUAAACCCGUUUCACCUACA